CAGAAAUCUUCUCCCGCACAGCUACUCUGACCGCCGCACUCCCCUCCCCGCCCCGCCCGCCGCACGGCACGCCGCGUCGGCGUCGCAGUCCCCGCCAACGCGAUGUCGUCGGAGCCUCCACCGGCCCCCUCCUCCGCGGAGGGCCUCGCGGCCGACCUCUCCACCGCCGCCGCCAUCAGCAAGAAGCAGCUCAAGAAGGACGCCAGGAAGGCCGAGAAGGCUGCGCAGCGCCAGCAGCAGCAGCAGCAGCCACCGCAGGGCGACGCCGAGGAGGACCCCUACGCGGCCAACUACGGCGACGUCCCCGUCGAGGAGAUCCAGUCCAAGGCCAUCUCCGGCCGCUCCUGGACCGGGGUCGGCGACCUCGAUGAGGCCGCCGCCGGCCGCUCCGUGCUCAUCCGCGGCGCCGCGCAGGCGAUCCGGCCCGUCAGCAAGAAGAUGGCCUUCGUCGUGCUCCGCGAGAGCAUGAGCACCGUCCAGUGCGUGCUCGUCGCGAGCGCCGACGCCGGCGUCAGCACGCAGAUGGUGCGCUUUGCCACCUCCCUCAGCAAGGAAUCGAUUGUCGACGUUGAGGGCGUCGUGUCCCUCCCCAAGGAGCCCCUCAAGGCCACCACACAGCAGGUAGAGAUUCAGGUGAGGAAGCUCUACUGCAUCAAUAGGGCAAUCCCCACCCUUCCAAUCAACCUUGAGGAUGCUGCCCGGAGUGAGGCUGAAUUUGAAAGGGCUGAACAAGCUGGAGAGAAGCUUGUUCGCAUUGGCCAAGAUACUCGCUUGAAUUAUAGAGCUAUUGAUCUGCGAACACCUGCGAAUCAAGCAAUAUUCCGAAUCCAAUGUCAAGUUGAAAACAAAUUCAGGGAAUUUUUUUUGUCAAAGAAAUUUGUUGGGAUUCACAGCCCGAAGCUAAUUUCUGGAUCAAGUGAAGGCGGUGCAGCUGUGUUCAAGCUACAAUACAAUGGGCAGCCUGCCUGUUUAGCACAAUCUCCUCAAUUGUAUAAGCAGAUGGCUAUUUGUGGUGGGUUUGAACGUGUAUUUGAGGUUGGCCCGGUGUUUAGAGCUGAGAACUCAAACACUCACAGGCAUCUGUGUGAGUUUGUUGGUCUCGAUGCAGAGAUGGAGAUCAAGGAACACUACUUUGAGGUUUGUGACAUUAUUGAUGGUUUGUUCGUAGCAAUAUUUAAACACUUGAAUGAAAAUUGCCAGAAGGAACUCGAGACAAUUAAUAGGCAAUAUCCAUUUGAACCUCUGAAGUACCUGGAGAAAACCUUGAAGCUUACAUAUGAAGAAGGAAUUCAAAUGCUGAAGGAAGCUGGAACUGAAAUUGAACCUAUGGGUGACCUCAACACUGAAGCUGAGAAAAAACUUGGCCGGCUUGUUAAGGAGAAGUAUGGAACAGAAUUUUUCAUCCUAUACCGGUAUCCGUUGGCUGUGCGCCCCUUUUACACAAUGCCUUGUUAUGAUGAUCCAGCUUACAGCAACUCUUUUGAUGUGUUUAUUCGCGGUGAGGAAAUCAUUUCUGGUGCACAAAGAAUACAUACGCCUGAGCUCUUGACCAAACGUGCAACAGAGUGUGGAAUUGAUGCGAGUACUAUCGCAUCAUACAUUGAAUCAUUUAGCUAUGGCGCACCUCCUCAUGGUGGUUUUGGGGUCGGCUUGGAGAGGGUGGUGAUGCUGUUCUGUGCCCUGAACAACAUCAGGAAGACAUCUCUCUUCCCCCGUGACCCACAGAGGCUGGUACCGUAGUUCUUUUUGCGAGAACAAGACUGGACUCGCUAUAACGAAGCCGUUACCCUUUUUCCGCAUAAUGUGUCUAGCCCAUUUAAUCAACUUUCAGAACAAGAAACUCUGAUGAGAGCUUGAGCUAUUUAACACAAAUGCUAUUCGUAUAUGUUGAGUUCUCUUAAUGCCUGGUAUGGAUUGAGGCCUGUCCUGGGAAUCUGGGAUGUUGCUGUGUACCGUGUAGUUUUGGAUUUGUUUUGGUCGAUGCUUACUACCGGGUAUUGUGGGUUACGCUUCAUCGUUAAGCAGAACUUGUGGAUUGCAAACGAGUUUCUCCACUGGCUCUUUUUUUUUUGAAGGUGUUGUGUGCUAGAGAGUGUUGAUCUUCUCUUGGUGAGCUUGCGGCAAACAGUAUUCAGACAUAUAUUCAGUCACAGGAAAAGAA